AAACAAAACCCCAUUAUUUAUUAAUCUUACAUCAGCAACCUUUAGUUCUGUACCUCUAUUUCCCAUGAAUCAUCACACUUCAAUCUUAAAAAUUGAAUCUUUCAUUCUUUAACCAAGGAUCUUGAUCAGCUGUGGGAUUCCCUUGAGGGUUAUGGUGGGGCUCUGAGAUUGCAACAAGAAAUCUUGAACAAACAACAAAUCAGCAAGCUUACAAGUUGAAGAGUUUGAACAACACAUCUUUCGCCUUUCAAAAUAGUAAUUCUGGGAGUCAACUUAAAGAUUAGUCAUGAGUAGUAACAUUUUCACAUUCGAAAAUUCAUCGAAUUCGCCUAUGGAUUUCAGUUACAUGGAUGAACUCUUGUUAGAUGGAUGUUGGUUACAAACAACUAACGAAUCUCAAAUCUUGAACAAUAAUCCCUCUGCUUCCAACCCCCCUUUUGAUCCAUCAUUUCAAUGGCCCAAAUUGGAAUCCAACAUCGAAAAACCGGUGUCAAACGAUCAAGAAAGAGAAUCGCCAAAAUCCCAUGUCAAAAGCCUCAUUAAUUCACCAAACCCCUCUGAAUUUUUUUUCGAAUCAAGCAAACAAUGGUGGAUUGCACCAAUGGCAAGUUCUGGCUCUUCAUUAUCUGUGAUGGAAAGAUUGAUUUAUGCUAUUGAUAGCAUUAGACGUUACGCGAUUGACAAGCAUGCACUUAUUCAAGUAUGGCUACCAGAAACUAGAGAAGGAAACAAAGUUUUAAGCACAAGCCGACGGCUUUUCUCUCUUGAUUUGAAUUGCCCUCAGCUUUCUUAUUACAGAAAUGUAUCAGAAAGUUACCAUUUUCCAGCUGAAGGGGAUGCUAAAGAAAAUGUAGGACUGCCCGGAAGGGUAUUUAUGGAAAAAGUACCCGAGUGGACUCCUGAUGUUCGGCUUUUUAAGAUUGAAGAGUAUUCGAGAGUUUCUCAUGCUCAAGAACAUGAUGUUCGUGGGAGUUUUGCGAUUCCGGUUUUUGAUCAUGAUGUUAAGAAUUGCAUUGGUGUUGUUGAGGUUGUUAUGACUACUCAGAAGAGUAAAUACACUCUAGAGAUUCAAAGCCUUUGUAACGCUCUUGAGGCAGUUGACCUCAGGAGUUCCGAAGUUUCAAACACACAAAAUAUCAAAGUAAGUGGUGGCUUCUAUCAUCCUGCAUUACCGGAGAUUCUUGAAGCCCUUAAAUGUGCAUGCAUGAAGCAUAAUCUACCACUAGCUCAGACAUGGAUUCCAUGCAUCAACCAAGGUGGAAAAGGUGGUUGCCGCCACUCCGACGAGAAUUUAAUCCGCUGUAUCUCCACGGUUGAUUCUGCUUCAUACGUAUCUGACCAUCGAUUUAAAGAUUUUCAAGAAGCUUGUUCUGAGCAUCACUUGUUUAUAGGUCAAGGUGUUGUGGGUAAAGCUUUCACAACCAGUGAGCCGUUUUGUUACUCGCCUGAUGUCACCGCAUACUUGAAAGCCGAGUACCCGCUUGCUCAUCAUGCUAAAAUCUUUGACUUGCAUGCUGCUGUGGCUAUACUAGUCAGAACCAAGUAUGCUCCCGCGGUUGACUUUGUGUUGGAAUUUUUCUUGCCUGCUGACUGCAAGAAUCCUGAAGAACAAAAAGCAAUGAUUAAUUCGUUGUUGGUUAUUAUACGAAAGGUUUGCGGAGGCUUGAGGAUCGUUGCGGAGAUGGAGUUGCAGGAAGAUGGUGUUCACAAAGGUUUACUUGUAGCUUCCGAUACUGAACCUGUGCCAAAAAAAGAAGAAACAAAUGGUCACAGUCAUGGUCCGGGGUCGGGGUCAGGCUCAGGCUCAGGCUCGGGUUCAGAACUAGAGAAACGACGUGCUGGUGCUAAGCUGGAGAAAACUAUCACCUUAGAAAUGAUAAGGCAACAGUUUGCUGGCAGCUUGAAAGAGGCUGCCAAGAAUAUCGGUGUUUGUCCAACGACUCUAAAACGGAUAUGCAGGCAGCAUGGGAUACAACGAUGGCCAUCUCGAAAGAUCAAGAAAGUCGAUCACUCACUAAAGAAGAUCCAACUUGUAAUGGAGUCGAUCCAUGGCGGGUCGGGUUCGUUUCAGAUCAGGUCUCUCUAUUCAAAUUUCCCGAAACUUGCAUCACCCAACCCAUCAACAACUACCCAUUCUCCCUAUCCAGCUACAAAUAUUGAAACCUUCGACUCUAAGCCCAUGGACAGCACCAUCGUGACCACUUCAUGCAGCCUGAGUUCGAGUUCGGGCCAUUCUUUAUCUGGUGACACCCACAACGUACCAAGCUUCAACGAAGUUACCAAUGACGGAGCUCUAAAAAGAACCAAAAGCGACGCAGAUAUUCAUGCAUCGAACAAUCCAGACAAAGAACCAAAGAUCUUUCUAAGAUCUCAGAGCCAUAAAGUGCUGAACGAGCCUCUCACUACUAAACUAAAGAGUAUCCCCGAUGGAAUAUUACCUAUUAAAUGUGAAAAUCAUCCCCCUAAACCACGUGAAGGCAAUCUUUGGAGGGUAAAAGUGACGUUUGGUGAAGAAAAGUUACGAUUUCGGAUGCAAAAAUAUUGGGGUUACAGUGAAUUGUUGCAAGAAAUUACAAAAAGGUUUUGCUUGAAUGAUACCAGCAGGUAUCAAUUAAAGUAUCUCGAUGAGGAUAACGAAUGGGUGUUACUAACUUGUGACGCUGACGUAGAAGAGUGUCUUGAUGUUUAUAAGUCGUUUAAAAAAAGUGGCACCAUUAGGCUCACUCUUCGUGAGCCACAACUUCGUGUCGGUAGUAGUGUGGGUUCAAACCAAACUAAAACCGAAAUAUUCAGUUAUGGAAUAUUGUAAACCAAUCGGUUUCGGUUAAUUAGUUUGGAUUUUUCGGUUAUGGUUUGGGUUUUAUGUUCACCAUGGUAUUGAUAUAUGGCGUUGUUUUUUGUUUAUAGCAAAGGAGUUUGUGUGACAUAUAAAAUGUAUAGUAGAUUUAAUAUAUAGCAGGUGAUAUAGAUACAACAUCAUGUAAUGCAUAGUGUAUAAGUAGUUAUGUGUGUUGUAUUGCAAAUGCAAGAUACUAUUGUGUGUAUUGCCUAUAUAAGUUAAUACUUCCCAUUGGCUUUUU